AUGGAGAAACUGUCGCUGUGUUUCUUGAUCAUCAUCAGCCUCUCCAGUGCUUUUGCCCAGAAAGACAUGUCCAAAAAGGCCUUUGUGUUCCCCAAAGAGUCAAAUAGUUCCUUUGUGACUCUGACUGCACAGCUAAGGAGGCCAUUCACAGCCUUCACCGUGUGCCUGCGCGUCUAUACCGACCUCUCUCGUGCUUAUAGCCUCUUCUCUUAUGCCACAAGGGCGCAAUAUAAUGACAUCCUCCUCUUCAGGAGCAAGAAUGGAGUAUACAGUGUAACCGUGGGUGGAACUGACAUCAUCUUCAAGCCUCCUGAACGUUCUGCACCAAUGCACUUCUGUAUGACCUGGGAGUCCUCCUCAGGGAUUGCAGAGCUCUGGGUAGAUGGGAAACCCAUGGUGAGGAGGAGUCUGAAGAGGGGAUAUUAUCUGGGGACAGAAGCAAGCAUCAUCCUGGGGCAGGAGCAGGAUUCUUUUGCUGGAGGCUUUGAUAAAAAACAGUCUUUGGUGGGAGACAUUGGAGAUGUGAACAUGUGGGACUUUGUGCUGUCACCAGAUGAGAUUAGCACUAUCUGUGAUGGUGGGACCUUCAGUCCUAACGUCCUGGACUGGCGGGCACUGAAUUAUACAGUGCAUGGUGAAGUGUUCACCAAGCCCCAGCUGUGGUCCUGAGGCCUUUUUGUUGCAUCCUGAUGUUGCCU